AUGGGUGAUGAUUUAAAACAGGUGAAGUUAGGUGCCCGACGAAUUCUUCAGAGGCACUUGGAGAAAGGGCGGCAGGCAUUAAUUAAAGACUUUGUUUUGGUCAAAGUCCACGACCCUGAUGUCGGACCAGCACGAGUGACCACAUCGACCAAGACCUUCUACCAGUACUUGGAGAGCGUUUAUACCCAAGGUGGUGGUGACUGCCCCGAAAUGACUGUCACCGGUAUUGAAAUGGCUUUAGAGGCAUCCCAACCAAAUUCUCUCAUCUAUGUUUUUACUGACAGCAGUGCGAAGGACUAUGAUCGCCUACCACGUGUGCUUAACCUUAUUCAGAAGAAACAAAGCCAGGUUGUUUUUGUCUUGACUGGAUUCUGCAACAGCACGGAUGAACUUGGAUUCCAAGCGUAUCAGGAAAUUGCUACAGUCAGCUCAGGGCAAGUCUAUAUCAUAGGAAAGCGUCAGGUGAACGAGUUUAUGCGCGUCAUUGAGGCGGCUGUCGAGUCACAGAAGGUUCAAGUUCUUCAGCAAGAUAACUGGGAGACAUCGGCCAAGACAUACAGUUUUCCAGUCGACACUCACCUCUCGCAGGUAACCAUUCAAGUGACCAACUACAAGACCAACGACUCAAUUAGAGUGGGCAUUCGCAAUCCCGAAGGCAAACUGAUUACCAAGGAGGAUGGUCUGAGGCAAUUAAUGAAAACGGUUCCUAGUGUAUUUGUGGCUUCUAUUGACCAUCCAACACCCGGUACUUGGACUCUUGAGGUGAGUACGGAUGCUGCCGGGUCUCCUAGUAUCUCAAGAGAGGAAAAAACUGGUGGCCAAUGGCACUCCGUCCGAGUCUCAGGCAUAAGUGAUGUCGAUUUCGUGCCAGGAUUUGCUGCUAAUCCAAUACCAUUCAACCGUGGCGCUUCCAGACAGCCAAUUGAUGGCAUCAAGAACUACGUAAUGGUCAACAUGACUGGGCGCCUACUAUCCGGAAGUGUGGACGCCGUCACCCUGCGCGCCCCGAACGGCACCGCGUUGGUUCGGGUGCCUGUCGAACGAACCCCAGGCAGCGAGGUUUAUGUUAGCCAGCACGCCAUGGACUCAGUGCCUGGCCACUACUACCUCCAGGUCAGUGGUCGAGACAACCAAGGCUACAACUUUCAACGCUACUCCAAAGUUGCCCUUCUUGCUCGUGAGGCCCGUCCAGCUGUGGUUACUUGUCCAGCCAAGUUGGAGGUAGCCCGUGGGGCAACAGCACACUUGACUUGCCUUAUCGACAGUGAGAUACCAUUUAGUGUCAAGUGGUACCAGAAUAACCGUCAACUCACCGGAUUUCCCGGAGAACAUCAGGUCUUUAGUGUACCAACAAAUGUGACCUACACGUUGUUCGAUGUGAACGAAGAAUCGCAGGGUAUUUACGCCGUGGAGAUGGUAGCAACUGGAACUGGAGUUGAAGUUGGGCCCGAGACCCAACGAAAAGAUGAGAUAGCUGUGGUAAUUCUUCCCCCUCCACCCACCGUUCUAAUUCCUCGAAACGCCAGUGUUGAGCCCAAUGGCGUUGCUCGCCUCAUGUGCACAGCCUUCUCACAAGCGGAGAAAGUGGAAAUCAACUGGUAUCGGGGCGAAAAUGUGCGUUUUAAAGUAAAAGAUGGACGCAGACACUCCAUUCAUAUGUCUGGUGGAGGUGAUACGUCGCCUGGGGGACAGACCUUUACCAGCACAUUGCAAAUCACGAAUGUUCAGGACAGUGACAUUGGACAGUACGUUUGCGAGGCCGUGCACAAAGGCGGCGUCAGUUCGGCUGUCGGGUUUGUCGUUAUUCAUGUUCGACCAAGUAUUGUGGCUGAAAGUGAGAAGGUUGAGUUCAAAGAGGGUGGGAGACUGGUCAUGUCCUGCCGAGCUGAGGGUCACCCGCCUCCCGAGAUCUCAUGGAGUUUCAACGACGUCCCCAUUCCGCGUGGCAACGAACUGCAAAUGGAGCCGUUGAGAACCAUGAUCCUGGACGAAUACAUGGAAUCUCGUCUUAUAAUCUCCCCUGCGGAUGCCACUGACGCAGGCCGCUACUCGUGUUAUGCGGUCAACUCGGCUGGUGAGGCACAAGCAAACAUUAUGGCGCAUUUUAUCGCGCGUCCCGAGAUCGUCCGAAUCGACAUGGCCCGAGAAAUGCCACAGGAGGGUGAAAUGCAGACGCUGCGGUGUCUAGCCAAUGGACGACCCCCACCACUCAUUAAGUGGGAGUUCAAUGGAAGUCCUGUUGGAGAAAGUGCCAAUAUUCGCCUGAAUCAUACAACUGGAGAACUCGAAAUUCUGCAUCUGAAACGCCACAUGAGUGGCAAAUGGACCUGCUUUGCGGAAAAUGUGGCUGGAAGCACCAGAACCUCAGUUUCAAUGGAAGUCGGACACAAGCCGAAAAUGGACACAGGUGCCAUGCAAGACCGCGUAUAUGGGGAAUUCUCAACUGACUUGGUUAUUCCCUGUAUCGUGGAUGGAAAUCCUCCGCCCCAAAUCAAGUGGUUCAAGGUGGUUGGGGAGAGCCAGGUCCCCGUUACCUAUGGCGAUCGAUACACUCUAGCUGCUGACAAUUCUCUGCAUAUCACAAACCUCAACAUGGAAGAUGGGACCACGUUCGUCUGUGAAGCCUCAAAUACGUAUGGUCGGGACCAAUACCACGUCUCCGUCGAGCUAGGAGGAAUUAGAGCUCCGACUAUCUCAUUUACGGAACCACGACAGGUUGUUCUAGAGGGCACCUCUGAAAUGAUCCUCACUUGCCCCGUUCUCGAUGCCAAACCAGCGGCUAAAGUCACUUGGCUCAGGAAUAGCAUCGAAAUUGACCCCUCCUCUCCGCGUUAUUCCAUCGUUGACAACAAUCUUGUCAUCAGAGGCAUUGAUAUGGGAGAUGAAGGCGUCUAUACCUGCGUGGCCCAUAACGUUGUAGGAAGAUCUAAAAUCGACAUCGAAUUGGACGUGCAAACAAAGCCCCGAUUCAAGGAUGACGCACGUCACGCAACGGUGGAAAUUACCCAAGGCAAAGUCAUGGAACUCCACUGCGAGGUUGAGGGUGACCCGAAACCGGAGGUGGAAUGGCGUAAGGACGGCCGGCUUAUUACCCCCAAAAGGGGCUCCUUCAGCGGGGCUGGCGGUGUUGUGCUCUCACCCAACGGGCAAAUUCUCACAGUCUACUCUGUGAAUGAAGCCAUUAGUGGCACUUUCACCUGCUCCGCCAUGAACACCCAUGGCUCAGUCUCGAAGGACUUUCAGGUUACGGUGAAGACACCGCCGGGGAUCUCCAAGGAAAGUGUAAGUGAAGUGGAGAUAGCACAAAACGAGAUGACGCUCUUGACCUGCAUGAUCAGCUACGGCUACCCGCAACCAACCAUCCAAUGGUUCAAGAACGGCCAGCCAUUGGUGGAGAUUCCUGGUCGCGUUCACUUCGUCGAUAAUGGACAAAGUGUCGAAAUUCGAGGAGAAAGGGAGGAGGAUUCAGGAUCGUACGAAUGUCGAGCCCAAAAUGAAGUUGGUUCGGAUUCGCGAUUCUACCAAGUUACUGUACUGGUUCCGCCAGCCUACACGUCAACGCACGCCAGUCGCCGUUUGUUGGUCCGUGCCGGAGAACGUGUAGACCUUGAAUGCGCAAUGGCUGGUUUUCCAGAACCAGAGAUUUCGUGGACUUGGAAUACCCGUCCACUGGAAGCCGAUAAACUUGGCGACCUUGGGAUGUCAAUACGACCACCACGCGAAGGCAGCUCGCAGCUCACAAUCAUGUACAUGAACGGAGAACUUCAGGGGAAUUACACCUGCGUUGGCAAGAAUCGUGGUGGCUCUACUUCGGUGGAUUACGAAGUUAUUCUUCUAAGCGAACCGGUGAUCACGGACUUUGGCGAGAGAGCGGUCGUAUUCCUAAACAACACGAUAACACUGACCUGCGAGACGUCGGGAACACCGAAACCAAAUGUAUCCUGGUGGUUCCAAGGAAUGAAAAUAAUCCCAAAUGAGAUGCCUGGUUAUAGACUCGUUGGAGAUGGGAACUUGAUGAUACACAAUGCACAGCCCUUUCACGGGGGAGAGUAUACAUGCGUCGCCGAAAACGAGGCCGGACGUGACACCAAGACUGCAACAAUUACAGUUUUUGAACCGUCCGGGGAGCCACCGAUAUCGCAGAACAUCACAACAACUAUGAUGGGUGGCAACAUCACGUUCACCUGCAAACUCACGUCGAAUCCUCCUCCGAAAAUUAAGUGGUAUAAGGAUGGCGUUGAGAUAUUUUCCGCUAUGCCCCAAGAUCGAUUCACACUUUCUGCCGACGAGUCAACCCUGACAAUUUAUGAAGUACAGCCGGAGGAUCAAGGUCAAUACAAGUGUGAGGCUGAGAAUAUUCCCGGCAAUUGGGAUCUUACUUAUUACCUGGAACGCAUGACCUUUAUUUCAGCUAAACCGAUUUUUGAGGAUGGCUUGGAUCACGACACUCCCGAGCUCGUCCGUGGCAAGUCUGCUCUUCUUUGGUGUAAUGCCACCGGCUUCCCGGUGCCAAAGAUCAAAUGGAUGUCGCACGAAGGUGAAAUCGAUCCAAAGAGCGAACAGUUUCAGAUUAAAGAAGAUGGACGUGCACUCUUUAUUGCUAAUGUAACACAUUCCACUGCAUCACGUUAUACUUGCACGGCAACUAAUGAGGCUGGGGAGGCCAGACGUAUUAUUGAUCCAGUUAUUGUCUACGCUCCGGUAAUUAUCAGCCAUGAAGGAGAAAAUCCGCGCCCAAUAGUUAUGAAUGGGGACACACAACUGUCCUGUGAUUGGGAUGCCUACCCGGACGCCAAAGUGGAGUGGUUCAAGGCUGGAGAGCCAAUAAACGAAUACGAUUUUCCCAGAGCAAAUCUGUCAAUGCGAAAUGCUAUGCUGUACCUACAUCAUGCAGAACCCGAAGAUGCAGGCAUUUACCGAUGUGUGGUAACUAACAGAAUUGGAAGCACAAAACGCCAAUGGAAUGUUAUCGUAAUGAGUAAUUCCGUAUUUGAAGGUUGCGACAAAUUGAACUGUGAAGGUGGAAAACUCGGGGGUUAUAAUUGCACGCACGGAAAGUGCAGGAUCAUCUGCUCAUGUGACGGCUGUUUUGAGAAUCGCGAUUCCUACCCUAGACACAAGAAAAUUGAUAGUCGUGUGCUUCAGGAUAGAAGUGUGAAAUCGGGUAUCGAUAAUGUUCUCCACAAUAACGAGUUCGUACUCGCCAUCUUCGUAGGCUUUAAUAAUUGCACUGCUGACUAUUGCAAAAAGGGAGUAUUCGUGGGCUACAGCUGCGAAAAUGGACAUUGUCCUAUUGUCUGCAAAGUUGAGAAGUGCUACCAGCUGGAUCUUAUUGACAAAGGACACAACAUGGAGGAGGGAAGUCCGCCGAGAUUCCUCUACUCAAGUGUGGAGGGCACCCACAGCGUGUCCUUGGGCGGAAGUUUCACGCUCUUCUGCGUGGCCGACGGAGAACCAAAGCCAGUCGUUCGGUGGACCAAGGACGGGCUGCCAAUUUCUGGGACUCAAGAUGACCUCAAACUUUCUGACGACGGCAUCCAUCUGAGUAUUCCUGUGGCAGAGGAAAAUGAUGCUGGACGCUAUGCCUGCAUUGCUUCGAGUCCUUACGGGGAGGUUGCCAAACAAUUUGAUAUCAAGGUCAUGUAUGCUCCACGAUUGGAUGGGGACGGUCAGCGUCAAUACAGCAUUGAGCGGACAGUGGGGAGCAGCGUUAUCCUCGAGUGUCUUGUUAUCGGCAACCCGACGCCAACAAUUGAGUGGUUCAAGGACGGAGCCAAACUUGAUCCAUUACCUUAUCGCUACCGUCUCUUCAAUCAGAAACGUGAAUUGGAAAUUCUGUCUAUUCAACCAAUGGAUGCUGGCCGCUAUCGGUGCGUUGCUUCGAACGAGGUUGGUUCCUUGGAGGUCAGCGUCGAUAUGACAGUGGGAGCGCCCCCACGAAUCGACAGAGGUCGCCUUCGCAGUGAGUAUGUCGUCAAAGAGGGUGACGAGUUGGUUUUGCCAUGCCCGGCCACAGGUUCGCCUGAGCCUCGCUUAGUUUUUACUCGAACUGAUCUUGAUCCUAACACACAGACCAUGGUUGAACAUCAGAUCGGUGAACAAGGAUCUUCAAACUCCGAACCUAGUGCCACCAAUAAAAACCUAAUCGCCAGGCGUGCCGUUGUUUCUCAGGCAAGUGCUCCUUUUAAACCCCAAAAAAUUGACUCAGGUUCCUAUCAAUGCAAUGCAAGUAACGAAAUCGGUUGGGACACAAUGAAGUACACAGUUCGUGUACGAGUGCCGCCAAGUUUCGACACGUCGAACGUUCAGCCAGAAGUUCACUGGUUCAUCAAUCAAACCCGUUUUCUCGACUGUCCUCUCCAGGGAUUCGCAGACCCACCGGCCAUUGUGACAUGGGAGCGCCACGGCGUUCCUGUGGUGAGUGGACCAAAUAUUCAGAUCUCCUCCCCGGACGGCUCCCGUCUCACAGUCCAUCGAGUCAGUUUGUCUGACGUUGGAGAUUACAAGUGUGUGGCCUCUAAUGAGGUCGGCCGAACAUCACAAUCAUUCCGGGUACUUGUAUUUGUUCGUCCUCGGUUUUUGGAUCCAACUCGGAAGAUCCAGAUUGAGGCCAUUCAAAACCAGACGGUGCACAUGUCUUGCGAAGUUUCUGGAGAUCCUCCACCACGAGUGACCUGGUUCAAGCGUGACGUAGAGCUGUUCCCGCCUGGGUCGUUUGCUACCAGUGGGUCUUCUCAGGAUCCGCCAAGAAACGUGAUGCCGCUGCAAGGCGACCAGAUCCUUCAACUCACCAAUGUUCAAAAAAGUGACGCUGGAGAUUACACGUGCAUGGCUACCAAUGGUGGUGAAGCGAUUGAAAAGAAAUUUAACCUUACUGUGAUCAUGCCGCCAGCAAUCCUCAAACCACAAGGCUCCCCUGAGGCGCACUCAACGCGCGAGUACGUGCCAGCGACAUUCCAUUGCCUUAUUCGUGACUACAAUAGCACCAAACCAGAGAUUAUUUGGACUAAGGAUGGAUCACCGAUUCUCAUGUCAGAGGAUGGUGACUAUUUUGUAGUGCAAGAUGGAAGUCAGGUCCUCACUGUCGUCCGACCCACCCCGAGUGAGACUGGCAUGUACCGAUGCGAGGCCAAGAACAAAGCGGGAGUAGACAGCCACCAAUUCCAGCUAACUGUUACUGCUUCUCCACGUUUUCCACCUGACUUUGUACGAUACCGCGAGAAGAUAACAAAGCAAAUUGGCUCUCAGGUGCGGCUCAAAUGUCCUGUGUCUGGAUCACCACCACCGGUUGUUACGUGGUACUACAAUGGCUCUCCCUUGCUACCCUACACCAUGCCCUCACACUACAACUUCGAAAUAGAUAAUAAGUUACUCCAUUUCAUUGCUGGACAAAAAGACUCGGGAGAAUACCGGUGUAUUGCGCACAAUGAAGUGGGUAACAUCUCUAAGACCUACGAACUAGAAAUAAUUAUGCCUCCACUGGUCCGUCUGGAUCGCGCUGAAAUGCGUGAAAGAGAGGGCUCGACGUUCACUGUGCAGUGUACCGCCGAAGGGCAUCCACAGCCGAAGAUUGAAUGGACCCGCAGCACUGGUGGUCUCUUCCGAAUCGGCACUAAUGUUGAUCUCUCCACCGGUCUAUUAACAAUAACGGAUGCACGCAAGGAGGACUCUGGAGGGUACACUUGCACUGCAACAAAUAAGAUCAGUUCCGAUUCGAAGACCGUCGAUAUUCAAAUCAUAGAACGUCCCGUUAUUCAUACUACAACAGCUCCAGUGGUAGUGAAUGAAGGUGAUCAGGUUGUGCUGCCUUGUGCAGUGAGUGGAACCCCACCGAUUCAAAUACAGUGGCGCCUUCCGUCAGGACAGCAGAUUACACAAGACGAAAUUCUCGGAUUCCAGGUUCUUUCUCAACAGGGUCUACUAAUCGAACGCGCUACAAGAGGUCAUGCGGGACUCUACAGGUGUUCAGCCAGCAACGAAGCUGGAAAUCAGAACGCUGUACUUAGUCUUGAGGUUUUGGUUCCACCGAAGCUCGUGCGUCCAGCAACAACGGAGGCUUCGGGCAGAAUAAAUUCCGUUCUUCAACUCAACUGUGAGGUCGAGGAGGGCAUACCCAAACCCAUUGUCAUUUGGGAACGCCACGGAGUCUCUUUCAGUCGCACUAAGAGCUUCUACACCACUACCGACUCAGGCCUCUUCAUUUUUAACGCACUCAAACCACAGGAUGAAGGCGAAUGGAUUUGUGUUGCUAGGAACCCUGCUGGCGAGGAUCGACUUUCGUUCAACGUUAUCGUCAGCAAGCCGCCGCGGGUGGUGAUGCCAAUGUCGAGUGUUGGCUACGAGGGUCAGUCCGUGACCAUCGAGUGUCAGCCCGAGGACGCGGGAAAUUACUUCUGCAUUGCGGAUAUACCUGGCCAGGAUCGAGUCACUGAUUCUACUUACCUUACCGUGUUCACCGUUCCAACAUUCGUGAGUACUCCAAACAGGUCCAUGGAAGCAUUCGAAGACCGAUGGAUUCAGUUCCGCUGUACUGCAGACGGUCAUCCAAAACCAGAGAUUAAAUGGACCUUUAAGGGCUCGAUUGUAGGAAGCAACCCAAGUCACAACGGCAUUGGAUCGCUAAUUAUUGGUCCCUUAAGGGAAUCCCAUUCUGGCCAGUACGCUUGCAUCGCAGCCAACGAGGCUGGUAAACGGGAACACACGUUCCAUUUCACAGUUAAAACCCGGCCCAAGGUUCAUAUGUACCAGUCUGAUGAGGCUGUACGGAACAGUGACAUGGCUCGACUCUUCUGCAAUGUGAGUGGUGAGGCUGACUCAAUUGUCUGGCUUAAAGACGGCAUCCCGAUAGAGAGCAAUCGACGUGUCAACAUAGAGGACGAUGGUGCCAGCCUCGUCAUCAGUAUGGCGAGAUCCACAGACAAUGGCAUUUAUCAGUGCAUUGCAGCCAAUCCGGUGGGUGAAGACUUGGGAGAACUAAGGCUCGUCGUAGAAAGCAAACCACAACUGGUUAAGACUCCAGCUAAUACAACGGCUUCCCUCGGUGAAAUUGUUACCUUAGAGUGCCAAGCGGAAGGGCAUCCGGUGCCAAUUAUCACGUGGUACCACAACAAUGUCACUGUACAAAUGAGCUCAACUCACUCAAUUAUUCGUAAUGGAUCUCUUCGAAUUGUGGGUGUGAGUGAAAAAGACGAAGGAAUCUACCAUUGUGUGGCUUCUUCGAAUCAGGGCGAAGUGAUUUCCGACCCUGCAGUAAUUAGUGUUCAGGUCCAAGCAAGCGACUCUGUGACUCCCCACCUCCGAAAAACGGAGGUUCGUACUGUGUUGGGGACAAUACUGAGACACGGCCAUGUCUGCAGGCGUUUUGUCCGGUUGACGGUGUUUGGGGAUCAUGGACCCCUUGGAGUGCCUGCUCAUCAUCUUGCGGAGCUGGACUGCGCCAACGCAGUCGGAAAUGCGACUCACCCCCUCCAAGCAACGGGGGGAAACCUUGUCCCGGUGAGCCCAUGGAGGAUAUGCUUUGUGAAGAUCUCCCUCUUUGUCCAAUCAACGGCGGAUGGUCUUCAUGGGGCCCCUGGUCGAGUUGUUCCCGAACGUGCGGUGCUGGAGGCACACAACGUCGAGAACGCAAGUGCGAUAUGCCUCCUCCCUCUAAUGGCGGUCGCCAGUGCGUUGGGCCUGAAAGCGGGGUGCGAGCUUGUGGGCGUAAGAACUGUCCACUUGAUGGCGCUUGGGGUCCUUGGAGCGCCUGGUCCCACUGUUCAAAGAGCUGUGGUGGUGGAAUUAGGCGGAGAACGCGCCAGUGCAGCAAUCCUUCACCGCAAUUCGGUGGAGCUACCUGCCAACCACAUGGAGCUGAUAGUGAAACCGCCGAAUGUCAAGAAAAUCCUUGUCCUAGUAAGCUUUACCUGGCAUUAA